AUGUGGUAUAGCAGGAACCAGUUCAUUUUUGAACACAAGAUAUUUACUCCACGGAUGACUAUUGAUCAUGUCCUAACAAUUGCUGGUGAAUUUAAAUGUGCACAGAAGCAGAAACAGCAAGGGACCCAUAGCAGAGAAGGGUGGAGUCCUCCACCGAAAGGGGUCCUAAAGCUUAAUGUUGAUGGGGCAUUAUUUGAGGAUCAAUGCAGAUAUGAGACUGAGAUGGUUAUCCGGGAUGCAACAUGUAAGAUGAUUUUCUCGGCAAGUAAACCAGAAAAGGGUAGUAUGGACCCAACAGAAGCAGAACUUCUAGCGAUGCUAAGAGGUUUACAGAUUUACUUACCUUUGUCCAUCCAGAAUUUACAAGUAAUUCCAUUAAAAUUACAAACCACAAAAAAAAAGAAAAAAAAAAAAAGAAUAAAGAUCGCUCCUUUCAUCUACCUCUUCCUUUAUUCUGAUCUACCCCAGAACUGA